CCUGUUUCAAGUCUUGGUGGAUUUACCUGCACUGCUUGGUUUGACGUUGGGGAAAUUUCUGAAGACGGUCAUGAUGAUUUGGAAGGUUUAGAUGCCUCAGCUUCACAUAUUGCUAAUCUUUUGUCCGCUGAACCAGCAGAUGUUCAAGUGGGCAUAGGCGGGUUUAGCAUGGGAGCAGCGAUAUCUCUCUACUCCGCGACUUGUUAUGCUCUUGGACGUUAUGGAACUGGCCAUGCUUAUCCUAUUAACCUA